CUUUCAAGAUGGCUGAAUAUUGAAUGUCAAGUCUGCGUGAACUUUGUUCAAGAUCAAUCGUUGUGACUGUGUGUUCGUCGUUCUGUCUACUCAAUGAUUGGAUGAUUAUUUUAACGAAGAACCAGUCACUAGACUAUUAUUCCGUCCGUGGAUAUAAUGUACACUCAAAACCGACCAAGAAAUAGAGCGACCUUGGUAACCAAAGACAUAAAUCCUUUCGGGGUUCAAUUGAGUCUCCAAGCCUCGGCUACUACAGUUAACGAAAGGCCAGUGAAACAGAACCCAGAUUUUCGCUUGACGAGGGACCAGUCAGCAGCAUUCCGUCCAAAUGAAGUUCAUGGUAGCAGUUCAGCAAGGAAAUCAAGUCAUUCAGCCAUUGAUUACCCAGAAAGACAUUCAGCUUCUCCACAUUUAAAUUCGCAAGAACAACCACAGCGGACUGGCACUGGAGGGCGACGUCAGAUCCACUACCCAUCCACUGCCUAUGCUACGCAGUUAACCGAUCUUACUCAACCGGAAUCACAAGAUGUUAACUCGUCCAGUGAUGAGAAUUAUGCAAACACAAGACAGGUACAAAGUGCUGGUGCUUCUAACACCAGGCUACAUAAAAGUAACACCCACCUACCAGGUGAUAGAGUCAUAUUUGCCGAGAGUCCAUCAGUACCAGGAGUGCCUAUAGUCUAUAGAACACCCGAGGAACGAGGAGCCAAUCCUGAUAGAUUAAACUUGGAUAGGAGACGGUUGACAGUAUGCCCCAUACUAGAAGGAGAGGAACAUCUUAGGCUACUCAAUUUUCAACAUAAUAUGAUAACUAAAAUACAACAUUUAAAUAACUUAAGGAGGCUGAUAUUCUUAGAUCUCUAUGACAACCAGAUAGAGGAAAUAUCAGGCUUGAAUACUUUGAAAUCGCUCAGGGUACUAAUGCUUGGUAAGAACAGGUAAGAGACAUUAAUUAUUUAAUUACAUUAGGU